CUCGCUCGCUGUUUCCUUCACCCAGGCCGUCGCUGCCUCGCCCGCUUUCCUGUCGCUCUCUCGCCGCUGCUCCCGCCCUCUCACCACUCCCACCACCACUGCUCCCACUCACUACCAUGCUCGGAUCUGCAUAAUCCACCACCAACACAGCCCAAGCCCGGCCGUCGCCACACCACCCCGGGUCCUGCUGUUCCAGCCAGCACACCACCGUGAACCUUAACAGACGCCGCCGCCCGCGCAUAAUUCCUCGACUUUUGCCUCGACACCUCGUUUCACCGCGCUCGCAUGACGACACCGUGCCGUCUGCCGACCCUCACUUCAUGACAUAUCCCGCCCGAACACUCGAAACCGCUCACCACAUCCGCCAUGGUUAAUCGGCCAGAUCGCCCGGGCGGCCUCGACUUCCGCUCGCACACCUUCGACUCUCCGCACAAUGGCAGCAUGAGCAAUCUCUCGCUGCACGACCUCCCCAGCCCGCGCGCCGGCGAGGUGCCGCCCGCGCUCUCCCCGCUGGACGCUCUCGCACUGCAAGGACGGCUGCUGGCAAAGAGAUUUGAGCAGGAGGAAAGAGCCGGCCGUCGCAUCAGUCGAUUGGCGCCGCUCACAAUCCAGAACGAGUUCGGCAACCGCUCGGGGUACUUCUCUUCGCUUUCGAACUCCACCGUCGGCUCGCCCAACGAGGAACCUGCGCCUGCGAGCCCGCGCCAAAACCAGCCCUCCCCACGCGAGCACGUCUCCGGCGACCGCCACAAGUCGUUCUACCCUCAGCUUGACGGCGAUCAGUUUCAUUAUGAACCACCGCUGCCGUACAGGAACAACCUCCCCCCGAUCGGGGAGGCGAAUCCAGUCACGUCUGCGCCACAGGGCUACUUCGAUAUCCCCAGGACACACUCCCCAGAGCCAGUCGAGCCCCGCAUUGGAUUGCAGGAGGCCACUCCCGUUUCGCCAAAUAUGCCUCGCUCGAACUCACAGCCCUUCCAACGCCCGCCUGUGAAGAAACAGCAAUCCCUGGAUGUUCUUCCGAGGAGACAGCCAUCUCAGCCCGGACUUCUCCCUCCGCGGUCUCCAGGAUCGCAGCGCUCCCAGCGCUCGCCGAGGAUGUCGCCAAGCAUCAGAUCGGUUCCCGGUGAUAGCGCGGAUGAGGUGGAAGAUAUGUCGCUCGGUGGCUCGUACGAUUCCAUUCAAGCGAGGAAUCUGUCGCCGAGCUCUAGCCUGUCCAGGUCGCAUUCCCCCUUCACGCCUUUUACGAAUCCUUCCAUCCCUCGCUCCCCAUCGCUGUCUUCGGAGUACUCCGUUGGCGGUCACCAACUUCCACGUCCGGCCUUCAAUUUCUCCAGACCAAUGAGCAGAAGCAGCAUAAGCAGACCAUCCCUUGACGUAAGGCCCUCCUUGGACGCCCCAUCAAGGCAGGCUUCCGAUGAGAGCGCGUUUAUGAGGCCCUCAUUUGACAGCCACCCUGCUCGACAAGACUCUGUUGAAAGCCCCGUCACCAACUACACCAGCGACCUUGUUCACACUCCUGUGAGCAUGACGAGCGAGGACUUCCGCCGAUCAACAGACUACUCCAAUCCCGCAGCAACUUACACCUACACCAAGUUUAGCCUUCCUCGGGGACGGAAGCUCGACCGCCAGUCAAUCGGUAUCGAGGACUUCUUGAACAGCCAGAUCAGCUGGGAUAAACCCAAGAAUAAGCAGCGCGCACGGCCUCCUUCGCCAGAAUCGCCUCCCCGUUCUUUUGACCAACAAAGGCCGUCAUUCGAACCAGCAUCGACUCGGAGCACGUCGAUGGAGCGGGGCGCGCCCUCCCUCACAUCCAGUAACAGCACCGUUCGCGGAUUGCCAACUGGAGCGGAGCAAAUCACAGCGCAAGAGCACUGUGAUAAGGGCAUUGAACUUCAUGAAGCCGGCGAGCUUAUGAAGUCCACGUACCACUUCCGUCUCGCUGCCCGUGCUGGUCUUCCUGAAGCCAUGUUCUGGUAUGGCCUCGCGUGCCGCCACGGCUGGGGCAUGCGCGAGAACAAGACUGAAGCCUUCCAAUGGCUGCGUCGUGCUGUCGACUCAGGUCAACUAGAAGUCGCAGAAGAUGAGGACCAGUUGAAGCAUGGCCAAUCAACAGACCUUUGCAAGAAGAAGCAGCAUCGGGCACAAUAUGCCGUUGCUAUCUAUGAGCUUGGAAAGUGCUACAUGAAUGGCUGGGGUGCGGCACAAGACAAGGCUCUCGCCUUGCGUUGCUAUGAAAUCGCCGGAAAUUGGGGUGACGCUGACGCCCUUGUGGAGGCCGGUUACUGCUAUGCGGAAGGUGUGGGCUGCAAGAAGGACAUGAAGAAGGGAGCCAAAUUCUACCGAGCCGCUGAAGCGAAAGGUGUCAGCAUGGUUGGCAAUAGCUGGAUUUACAAAGACAAGUAUAUGGACGAAGGCUCCACCGUAUCCGACUCUCGAUCAGUCCGCUCCGGUCGCUCGGUGAAGAAAGAUACCUCUGAAAAGAAGGCCCGCGACAAGAGCCGGACACGAACCAUCUUCGGCCGGAAGAAGAGCUUUGCCACUUGAAGCGUCCGGUGUGAAAACUU